GGCAUCUUAAGUGCGGUUGCGAUUGGAUCCUCCAAUCCAUACGGGCCACAAUGCUGCCCAUUAUUAACGUGACACUCGGUAAUCCAUAUACAUUUGUAAUACAUAUAUUUCUGUUUACACUUUGGACUACUAAAUGCUGCUGUCGUAAACGGCGAAAACGUCCACCUCCGAAGAAAGGAUUCGCUGUGAAAAAUCCCGCAAAAAAUGUCACUAAGGAAAAAUUUGCAAAGCCGACGGCACUUUCAUUCACCUCCUCAUCCACACCAUCUUUCCCAGUAGAACUCCUAGCCACACCACUGGCAAAGACUCAAACAGAGGAAGAGCUUUUUACGCCCAAGGACGUGAGUUUCGAGAGGAUACCGAUGCCUAUCAGAAUGAAGUAUGACAAAAGACGAAGGUCAAAAUCGGCUGAGCGUAUCGAGAGUCGCAAGUUGUUGCCGUAUCCAGAAGUGAAACCUCCAACUCUUAGUGAGAAAAGAAGGCACGAGCGAGAACUGGAGAAAGAUAAGAAGGAGAAAAUAGCUUCUGGAUUCUACCAGUCACGCUCUGAUGAAGACGAUACCUUGGAGAAAGUGAGUAGUCUUAAGGAGGAGUACACAGAGCGUAGUCGCAGACCGCGGAAGAGAGGGUUGGCCAAAGAGAAAGCCGAGAGGAAGGACGAAAGAGAAGCACCAUUAGAGGCUUUACUUCCUCCGCUGCCACCACCUCCUCCUGCACCUACGUGAAGCACGAAUGAUACUGAAGUGUUGCUCGAGUUCGCGCUCCGAGUUUAAGUCUAUUGUGUCCAGAACAUGUCAUUUAGAUGUACAAAAUAUAAAACACGAAUACAGUGUACAAUCUUACAGUUAGAGAAUAAAUUUGAGAGCUGUG